GAUGUGAAGCCAGGGGGCCGGAGGAUUUCCACAGUCCCAAACUGCUUGGCACAGAGGGGGUGCUGCAGAGUCAGACAAGGGAUCGAAUCCACCCAAAGGAAGGCGCGUGAGAAUCAUUGUCGCCGCCGUUGCCAACCUUUGUGCUCAACCGCGCGCUGCCAAGCAUGCCCGGGGCUCUCUUCUGCUGCCUCUGCUGCCUCAGCCUCUGCCUCCGGGAGAGCGCAGCCUUCAAUUUAGACGUGACCGAAACCAUCCUCAAGUACGGAGACAACGGCAGCUUUUUUGGCUUCUCCGUGGCUUUGCACCGGCAGCUCAGCCCGCAGCCUGUCAGCUGGCUCUUGGUGGGAGCGCCACAGGCAGCUGCGUUGCCAGGUCAAAAGGCCAACCGGACUGGCGGGCUGUACGCCUGCCCCCUGACCCAUGAGAUAAAUGACUGCAAGCGUGUGGCCAUCGACGAGGGAGUUGACCUGAAGAAGGAAAGCAAGGAGAACCAGUGGCUGGGAGUCAGCGUUAAGAGCCAGGGUCCUGGCGGCAAGAUCGUGACCUGUGCCCACUUGUAUGAAGCACGUAACCGAGUGAACGAAUCUCUGGAGACGAGGGACGUCAUCGGCCGAUGCUACCUACUCAGUGAGGGACUGAAGGUGUCUGAUGAAUUGGAUGGCGGAGAGUGGAAAUUCUGCGAAGGGCGGCCGCAGGGGCACGAUCGCUUCGGUUUCUGUCAGCAGGGGGUAGCAACUGGUUUCACUGCAGACAGGCACUACAUCCUCUUUGGGGCACCUGGCACCUAUAACUGGAAAGGGAUAUUGUUUGUGACAAAUAUUGAUAGCUCAGACCCUGACCAGCUGGUCUAUAAAACGUCAGAGCCCAGCGAGAGGGUUCCCGGGAAUGCUGGAGACGUGGCCCUGAAUAGCUACUUAGGCUUUUCUCUGGACUCAGGAAAGGGAAUCGUCAAGAAUAAUAAGUUGAGUUUUGUAACGGGGGCACCACGGGCCAAUCACACCGGGGCAGUGGUCAUCUUGGAACGAGACAACGUCAACCAGCUGGUACCCGAGUUCAUCCUUUGGGGGGAAAAGCUCACCUCUUCCUUUGGAUAUUCCCUGGCCGUCGUGGACCUCAAUGGUGAUGGCUGGAUGGAGUUGGUGGUUGGAGCACCAAACUUCUAUGAUCGCAAGGCAGGGAUUGGAGGUGUGGUCUAUGUCUACAUCAACCAAGCUGGGGACUGGGAUAAUGUCCACCCCAUCCGUCUCAAUGGCUCCUAUGACUCCAUGUUUGGUAUCACUGUGGGCGCAGUUGGUGACCUCAACCAGGACAGCUUCCAAGACUUUGCAGUAGGAGCCCCGUUAGAUGGUGACGGCAAGGUCUAUAUCUAUCAUGGCAGCAGUUCGGGGUUUGCUGUCAAACCUGCUCAGAUACUGACAGGGGAGAGUGUAGGCAUCAAGAUGUUUGGAUAUUCUUUUUCUGGAGGGUUGGAUAUCGAUGGCAACCUUUAUCCAGACCUACUGGUGGGAUCUCUCUCUGACACAGUAGUGCUGUACAGGACCCGGCCUGUCAUCCACAUCUCCAGAACUGUCACCAUCUCACCACAGAACGUUGACCUGGAAAAUAUGAACUGCCGGCACCAACUGGGCAUUUGUAUGGAUGUGAAAGUCUGCUUCAGCUACACAGCCAACCCCUCGAGUUACAGCCCUCCCGUCACGCUUGAAUACACUUUCGAUGCCGAUACCACCCGGCGACAACUGGGCCAAGCUUCCAGAGUCACCUUCCUGGGCCGGAAAACCACAGACCCUGAACACCAAUACUCUGGUGUAGUAGAACUACCAACGCAGCAUGCCCGAGUCUGUGUCAAGGCUACACUGCAGCUCAAGGACAAAAUCCGUGACAAGCUACAUCCCAUUGUAGUGGUGGUGAGCUACAACAUCAAGCAUCCUCGUGCCAAGCGCCAGGUCCAGGGUGCCACUUUGGGGCCUCUUAUGCCUGUCCUGAAUCCCAUGCCACCCCACAGUCAUAAAACAGAGGUAAACUUCCUAAAGCAGGGAUGUGGCGAAGACAAGAUCUGUCAGAGCAACCUGCAGCUGAGCUAUGGGUUCUGUUCUCGUAUCGAUGAUUCUACAUUCCAUCCCUUGCCCAGCAGCACAGGUCCUUACUGGGACUCCGUGGCAGACGCAUAUUCAACCUGCGCCCCGCCAGCUGCAUUGGCUCUGGGCGAAGUACCGAAUCAGGUGCAAGGUUUUGGUGUGUUCCAGCAAAACUCUAAAAGGCGUGGGGCCAUCGAGCCCGUGGGACUGCCUCUCCCAGAAUACUCAGCAGUGACCUCCGUGGAAGUGAUUGUGCGAGCCAGUAUCACAGUGAAAUCCACCAUCAGCAACCUGUUUCUGAAAGAUUCCACAACACAGAUUCCAGUGACUGUCUACCUGGACCCCAGUGUGGCUGUAGCACGUGGUGUGCCAUGGUGGAUCAUCCUCAUUGCUAUUCUCGCUGGGAUCGUUGUGCUGGGCCUCCUGGUUUCCAUCCUGUGGAAGCUGGGCUUUUUCAAGCGUACCCGCUACGAAGAGGCCAAGGUACCACAGUACCACGCAGUCAAGAUCCCCAGGCAGGAGCGCCAGCUUUUCCGUGAGGAGAAAACGGGCACCAUCACCAAGAAGGACUGGGUUACCAAUUGGAACGGGAACAGCGAUGGCCACGUUCCUGCCUCGGCCUAGAUGUGUCCACAUUUCAGCUUCCUUCAUCAAGCCGCUGACUGGUAGGAAGAUUCAGGUGGCACCAUGCUGCUCUCCUCUCUGGAAGACCUGUGAACACUGGACUGACCUUUCCUGAGAGAUCGUCAGCAGAGAAUUCAGGGAGACGUGUGCUUUAGCACUUACGGUAACAUAUUCUACAAGGCCAAAGAUGCUUAGGGUUUAUCCUGGCACUCUUCUUCUUCUUUUCUCGUAAAGCUGGACAGAACCUGGCGUGAGAAACCGAUCGGGCUCCAGAAGGCGCCUCUGCUUUGCUCGGAUCACUUGCUUCCCCGGUUUCCCAAAGAAUCGUCUGAUGAGAAUCAAUCAGCACACUCCGUUGUCAGGUGUUGGAACCGUGCACCGUCACCUCUUCACUGUGAACGUGGACUUUAUUUGCUCUGAGAGCCAAUUUUGUCAGGGGAUUAGGGGACAGAGCUUGGAUUCUUUGGGUUUGUUACUUGGUUUCGAAGCCUGCUUGUUUUUUUGUAAUUUAUAUAGUCUCUCUAAUACACUUAUGGCCAGAGCUUGAUGGCUAGGGUGGAUGUAAAAUGACAUGCUUUAGUACUAGAUGUCUUUACUACUGUUAACACAAGGGUGUCACCACAAGAUGGCUGUCCAGGGGAUUGCUACCUUCUCCAAAAACAAACAAGACGGUCGCAUACCUACCCUGUGACAAACAUGCACCAGGCAAUUCGCUUCACCACUGCAUUGUGGUUACUAGCAGUGGAAAGAGAUGCAUCACCAAGAAACAGGCUUGAAAAACCCUUGAGUCUGCCCAGAAUGCAACAGGAUAUUUUUCCAGGCUUCCUAACUCCUCCUUGGUCACAACAAGGCAGUGGCUAUUUUGUCAAACACAAAAAUAAAUACACAUCUUGGGUAACCUUA